CCCAAAUUCGUCCUUCAAAGGGCUGGUUCAAGCCAUUAAAAUAGGGAUAAAAGCAAAGGGGAACUGGAAGACGAUUUCCGCUCUUGCACCUAACAUUUAACGAGAAACGGUAUUCCUGUUUUGGAACUGCCGACAAUUAUACGUUUCGUAUUCAGUUUUCCAUUGCACUUACAUCCAAGAAUGACUCCCAACAGGGUUGGAGUGUUUACUGACAGGGCUCCUACACUCCGCCCAGGUGUAUACACUCCUGCCAUUGUCGCCAAUGGCCUCGUCUUCACCUCGGGUGUUUUGGGCGCCGAUCCUGUCACAAAGCAGAUGGUCAAAGGAACAGUCAUUGAUCGCUUUCACCAAAUAAUGCGAAAUCUUGGGGCUGUUUUGACAGAGGCAGGGUCCAGCUUGAACGAUGUGGUAGGGGUAGACGUCUUCCUGACAAAUAUCGCCGACGCCGACGACUUGACUCCCGUGUACAUGGAGUAUUGGGGGGAUCUCAUGCCUACAAGAACGUAA